AAAUGGCUGGACUAGAACAGGUAUCACCGGAUGACGAGGAAGGUCCACCCGAACGCCGCCGCUCCGGCUCGCGAGCCCCCGAGGAUCGCCUCCUGUUGUGGCGGCGAUGAUGCGUGGGGGAAGGAUAGCGCCGCGGUGUUGACGGUGUGGCGGAAGUCGCUGCUGUUCAGUUGCAGUGGGUUCACGGUCUUCGAUGCCAAGGGCGACUUGGUGUUCCGAGUCGAAACCUACGGAUCGGGGACCGCGGGGGAGCUCGUGCUCAUGGAUGCCGCCGGGAAGCCGUUGCUCACCCUGCGAAGAAAGAGGCUGAGUCUCGGGGAGAACUGGCUAAUCUACGACGGGGAGGACGCCGGUAACCCACUGUACUCCGUCAGGAAGCACGUGAACCUCCGGCGCUGCAAGGCCCUCGCGCAUGUGACCCCUUGCGGCAGCGACGGCUGUGGAGGGUAUGAGGUGGAGGGGUCGUACUCGCGGCGGAGCUGCACCGUCUUUGACGACCGGGGGCGCGCCGUGGCGGAGGUCCAGCAAAAGGAGGCCGUCGGCGGCGUGGCCUUCGGCGGAGAGGUCUUUCGGCUGGUGGUCCAGCCGGAUAUGAACGCGUGCCUCGCCAUGGCCGUCCUCAUCGUCCUCGAUCAGAUGUUCGGAUCGAGAUCCUAAGCUACCGAUCAUGGCCGUCAGACUCCUCUCUUCUCUUCCCGGCUCCUGCACCGGCUCAAAGGUCCUUUUUGUUCUUUUCUUUUUUGUGUGUAGAAAAUUGGGCCAUUUAUUGAACCAUAGUUUUGGGCUAACUAAAAUGUAAAUGUAAAUAAUUCCAUUAAAAUAAAUGAAAAUUUGGAAUAAGCA